AUGACUGUAAAUACUGUGGAGUUCAUAAAAAUAGCAGACAAAACUUUGGACUUAUUGACUGAAUAUUUCGAUGAAUUGGUUGAGGCUGCAGUUCAUCUUGAUGAAGCUGAUGUGUCAUGUCAGGAUGGUGUUUUAACAGUUAAACUUGGUACCAAUUAUGGUACUUAUGUUGUUAAUCGUCAAACUCCCAAUAAACAAAUUUGGUUAUCAUCACCAACAUCUGGUCCAAAACGUUAUGAUUUUAUAAAUGGAAUGUGGAUUUACAAACACGAUGGAAAAUCACUUUUACAACUUAACGAAAGAAGCCAUGGACAAGGAAGUUAUUCAUUCAUGGACACUAAGCGUUUAAAUAUGCUCAUGGUACCCAAAAAAACUUGCCAACAACAUCCUGUAAGUGUUGAUUGA